UGAAGGCGGGACCAGAGUUGGGUUUCCGCUCUUUAUUACCGAUCACCAUGUCGCUGGAAGACAUCAUAGAACGUUGGAGCAGAAUCGACACCAACACAAAGAGUUUAGUCGAGCUCCACUAAGGGUAUCAAAAAAACCGACUCGACUGACUGUGGACACAAUCACAUUUGGUUUGAGAAAUCAGAGGGGAAAAAGCAUCAAAAUGAUCCUCAAAACUUUCCUCUUUGUACUUCUAAUUCUUGGUACAACUGCUGAGGGAAGCCAACAACAUCGCAGCAGUGGUAGAAAACUCCUCCAGAUCACUGUGGACGGACAAAACCCAUCAGGCGGGGCCACCGACAGCGCGGCCACCGACGCCACCGACAGCGCGGCCACCGACAGCGCGGCCACCGACAGUGCGGCCACCGACGCCACCGACAGCGCGGCCACCGACAGCGCGGCCACCGACAGUGCGGCCACCGACGCCACCGACAGCGCGGCCACCGACGCCACCGACAGCGCGGCCACAGACAGCGCGGCCACCGACAGCGCGGACACCGACGCCACCGACAGCGCGGCCACCGACAGUGCGGCCACCGACGCCACCGACAGCGCGGCCACCGACAGUGCGGCCACCGACAGCGCGGCCACAGACAGCGCGGCCACCGACAGCGCGGACACCGACGCCACCGACAGCGCGGCCACCGACGCCACCGACAGCGCGGCCACCGAUGCCACCGACAGCGCGGCCACCGACGCCACCGACAGCGCGGCCACCGACAGUGCGGCCACUGACGCCACCGACAGCGCGGCCACCGACAGCGCGGCCACCGACGCCACCGACAGCGCGGCCACCGACGCCACCGACAGCGCGGCCACCGACGCCACCGACAGCGCGGCCACCGACGCCACCGACAGCGCGGCCACCGACAGUGCGGCCACUGACGCCACCGACAGCGCGGCCACUGACGCCACCGACAGCGCGGCCACCGACAGUGCGGCCACCGACGCCACCGACAGCGCGGCCACCGACAGCGCGGCCACCGACGCCACCGACAGCGCGGCCACCGACGCCACCGACAGCGCGGCCACCGACAGUGCGGCCACUGACGCCACCGACAGCGCGGCCACUGACGCCACCGACAGCGCGGCCACCGACAGUGCGGCCACCGACGCCACCGACAGCGCGGCCACCGACAGCGCGGCCACCGACGCCACCGACAGCGCGGCCACCGACGCCACCGACAGCGCGGCCACCGACAGUGCGGCCACUGACGCCACCGACAGCGCGGCCACCGACAGCGCGGCCACCGACAGCGCGGCCACCGACGCCACCGACAGCGCGGCCACCGACGCCACCGACAGCGCGGCCACCGACGCCACCGACAGCGCGGCCACCGACAGUGCGGCCACUGACGCCACCGACAGCGCGGCCACCGACAGUGCGGCCACCGACGCCACCGACAGCGCGGCCACCGACAGCGCGGCCACCGACGCCACCGACAGCGCGGCCACCGACGCCACCGACAGCGCGGCCACCGACGCCACCGACAGCGCGGCCACCGACGGCACCGACAGCGCGGCCACCGACGCCACCGACAGCGCGGCCACCGACGCCACCGACAGCGCGGCCACCGACGCCACCGGCAGCGAGGCCACCGACGCCACCGGCAGCGAGGCCACCGACGCCACCGGCAGCGAGGCCACCGACGGCGAGGCCACCGACGGCGAGGCCACCGGCAGCGAGGCCACCGACGCCACCGGCAGCGAGGCCACCGACAGCGAGGCCACCGACGCCACCGAGGCCACCGACAGCGAGGCCACCGACGCCACCGACAGCGAGGCCACCGACAGCGAGGCCACCGACGCCACCGACAGCGAGGCCACCGACGCCACCGACAGCGAGGCCACCGACGCCACCGGCAGCGACGCCACCGGCAGCGACGCCACCGACAGCGAGGCCACCGACGCCACCGAGGCCACCGACAGCGAGGCCACCGACGCCACCGACAGCGAGGCCACCGACGCCACCGACAGCGAGGCCACCGACGCCACCGACAGCGAGGCCACCGAUAGCGAGGCCACCGACGCCACCGACAGCGAGGCCACCGACGCCACCGACGCCACCGACAGCGAGGCCACCGACAGCGAGGCCACCGACGCCACCGACAGCGAGGCCACCGACGCCACCGACAGCGAGGCCACCGAUAGCGAGGCCACCGACGCCACCGACAGCGAGGCCACCGACGCCACCGACGCCACCGACAGCGAGGCCACCGACAGCGAGGCCACCGACGCCACCGACAGCGAGGCCACCGACGCCACCGACAGCGAGGCCACCGAUAGCGAGGCCACCGACGCCACCGACAGCGAGGCCACCGACGCCACCGACAGCGAGGCCACCGACGCCACCGACAGCGAGGCCACCGAUAGCGAGGCCACCGACGCCACCGACAGCGAGGCCACCGACGCCACCGACAGCGAGGCCACCGACGCCACCGACAGCGAGGCCACCGACGCCACUGACAGCGAGGCCACCGACGGCGAGGCCACCGACAGCGAGGCCACCGACGCCACCGACGGCGAGGCCACCGACAGCGAGGCCACCGACGCCACCGACGGCGAGGCCACCGACGGCGAGGCCACCACUGACGGCGAGGCCACCACCGACGGCGAGGCCACCACCGACGGCGAGGCCACCACCGACGGCGAGGCCACCACCGACGGCGAGGCCACCACCGACGGCGAGGCCACCACCGACGGCGAGGCCACCACCGACGGCGAGGCCACCACCGACGGCGAGGCCACCACCGACGGCGAGGCCACCACCGACGGCGAGGCCACCACCGACGGCGAGGCCACCACCGACGGCGAGGCCACCACCGACGGCGAGGCCACCACCGACGGCGAGGCCACCACCGACGGCGAGGCCACCACCGACGGCGAGGCCACCACCGACGGCGAGGCCACCACCGACGGCGAGGCCACCACUGACGGCGAGGCCACCACCGACGGCGAGGCCACCACUGACGGCGAGGCCACCACUGACGGCACAGACGUCACAGGCACCCCAGAUGAAGUCUCAGUGACUGAAACAAUUGCUGAAGAGGCAAUCCGAAGAGCAGGAGAGACAGCUGUGGCAGCAUCCGCAACUGCUGCAUCAGCUGCGGCAUCGUUGGCAAGCUCGGCUACGGCAGCAACGGCUGCAGUUUCAGGAGGAUCCCCGCAAGCGGAAGCAGCUGCAGAAGAUGCUUCGUCUGCUGCAGAAGAGGCAGCCACUGCUGCGUCCUCUUUUUUACAAGGCACAAUAAAUGCAACAGAAGCAGCGGCAGCAGCGGACAAUGCAGCAGACGCCUCCGAAAUUGCUGCACAAACAGCGGCAGAAACUGCGGCACGAGCAAGCGGGGACAUGGCCUCAUUCGCACAACAACUCUCCGCAGCAGCAGAAAAUGCAGCAACCGUAGCGAGAUCAGCCGCAACGACGUCGGCCUUAGCAGCAAAUGGAGUUACUCCAGAAAAUGCAACAGAUGUCAUAGAAGCUGCAAGAAAUGCAAGCCAAGAGGCUGAGAUGGCAGCUCAAGAACUCCAGGUUUUACUUAAUUCAGAAGACUUACCGCCAGAAGUAGAGGCCAGCGUAAUACAAGCCAUACAGGCGGCCGAAAGCUCAGCUGCAUUGGCACAACAAACAGCAGCUCAGGCUCAAGAUGCACUUGACACAGCAGACCGAGCUGUGGCACCAACUGGAGGAGAUGUGGAGGCUGAGCUCGCUGGGCAAUUAGCUAUUGCACAAGUACAAAAUGCAGCGCAAAGCGCAAGCGCAGCUGCAGCCAUGGCAGCCGAAGCGGCGGGAGCACCAUCGGCAGCUGUCCAAGCUUCAAGAGCAGCCUCCCUCGCGGCCGCAGCGACGUCCCUCGCGGCUUCGGCGGCGCAAGCUGCGGGAGCCGAUCGCGACCUCAUCGAUGCCGCCUUGGAUAGCGCAGUCGCAGCAAAUGAGGCGGCUUUAUUAGUUGCAAAUGGAGGAGCAGAGCCACAGGUGGCUCGAGAUGCCGCAGCAAGAGCAGCAGACGCGGCAGAAGCGGUGGCUCUCGACGCACAAGACGCAGCGUCACUAGGAAGGAUUGAUGUCGAAGCGGCACAGGUCUCGCUCGACGCGGCGGCUGCGGCCAGACAAGCGGCGAUGGCGGGACCGGAGGAAUUUUCUACCAUUGCGGCACAAUUUGUGACAACAUCAAGGAAUGCUUCAGAACUAUUUAGUAGUCAACGGUCAUCCAUGCUAACACCUGACAUGUUUGAAGCCUUCCAGGAAGCAGAACAGGUCGCCUUGCUGGCAGAAGCUGCAGGAAUCAUAGCAGGAACUGCGGACGAUUCCGAAGGCGCACAAGCGUUAGCGAGAGCUGCAACAGCAACAACAGAAGCGACGAGGGAAAUGAUACGAAACCUCCCGGAAGGAACCGCGUUUAGCUUGGCACAAAGGUCAUUAGUGGCCAGUUUGACAGCCUCAGUCGCAGCAGUAACCGCAACGACCUCGGCGGCGGCCGCGGCCGCCGGCGCAGGAGCGACGGCCAGAACCGCGUUAACCGCCGCAGAGGGAGCGGCGAACGCUGCUACAGCGCUGAGUAAUAACGAGGAUACCGGUGCCAUAAAUGUAACAGUGAAUGCCGGACUUUCAGCGUCCCGCGAAGCCACUAACGCAGCUGACGCAGCCGUGACAGCGUCGCAAUCUGGGUCGGCCGUGGACGUGCAGAUGGCGAGCCUGGCGGCGGAGGCAGCUGGAAUAGCGUCCAGGCUAACUGGAGCUGCAGAAAGUGUCGCCUCUGAUGCAGCAACAACGCAAACCUUGAUGGAUGCCUCCGAAGUGGCCACAGAAGUCAACAUGGACUGGAUAGAUUUGGUCACAGGUCUGCAAGACUUGUCAAAUUCUUCCCAAGUAGACUUCAGGGAGCUUGUGGAUCGGCUGGCGAUCCUGAGUGUGGCGUCCACAACGCAGGUGGCCACUGACUUUAACAGACAGGCGGCAGAGCUCGCUGUCAUGACAACCAUGUUGGGCCGACCCCUCAACAUCGGGACGAACACGAUGCAAUCUCUGGCGUCUGCGACGGCCUCGAGCGCAAAUGUCGCAGUGAGAGCGGCCGACACGGCGUUGGCCACGGCUACGCAAACAAACGGCGCUAAUGUCCAGAUGCUCUCAUUCACCGCCGCGCUCGGCGCCGCCGUGCUCGCGCUGAUAUUGUGAAGCGUGUUUUAAAUCAAGGACUUGUGAAUUUAGAGGAGAAAGCCAUCUAUUUAUGCUUGUGUUGUACUGUAUGUAUUAAAUAUGCACCACAUCAUUAUUCAAUCACACUGGCAAAAGAUAAAUAAUUGUAUCUGUUAGGACGCCAUCCUGAAAGUCAGUGCGAAUAAAAGAAACAAUGAGUGCAUGAAUUGUGCUUCGACUUCUAUGGUGAUGCGCUACAAAUAGUGCUUUUACAUUGUGUGUAAAAUCUGACUAAAUAAGUGAUAAGUUCACCUGUCCUCGCACAUGACCGUGAAGCCAAGCAGAGCAUCCCAAAGAGGAAAAUGUGCGCAGCAGCCAAUUCAUCACUUGCUAAUGACAACGACAGCCAAUGAAAUUGUGGUCUGUGCGCACUCGUUUGGGAUGACCGUAGCAUGGCGGGACAGCUGCUCUGUUUCAAGCGUUUCAAUGUUUUUGGAAGUGUUGUUCCUUUCUUUGCCAGACAAUAAAAACCACUGGACUGAU